GCAAAGGAAAGUAUCGCAGAGCAACAGAAAGCAUAACUAGGUUACUUCGGAAUUACCAAACCCCGUUCUCCCUUGCGUCCCUAUCACGUAUUUCUACCAGCGCACGCCUGGCUAUACUUUGUGAGAACGUAUAGGUAGUGUACUUGCCCUUUAAUUAUAUGCAUCUCCGGCUUUGUCUACCGCUCCUGGCCCCAUCCUGCUUUCCUUGCCGGGGUGCCUCUACUGGGCGCCCCGGUAACAGCGUUGCACGACAAUGGCUUCCAAUGAAAAUAGUAGUGUACCUGCCCGCCUAAAGGAUCUAAAGGACUCGGUCAAGGAGCGGUUCCUCGGUCUAUUGGGCCUUCGCCAGCCGAAAGUUCUACUAGAGGACGAGCAGGAGGUUUACCUCCAAGUGGGCCGCACUGUAUGGCACGCUCCAAGGCAGCUGCGAAUUGAGCUCUGGCUUUCGUCGCUUGCACGACGGCACUCCCUCGUCAGCGAGUACCAAACGUACCUCGCACAGGAAAUUGCCCGAGAAGCAGCCGUGGAUAUUGAAAAGGAUGUACAACGUACUUUUCCUAACACACGGCGCUUUCACGCGGAGGAGGGUCAGGUGCAGCUGCGCAAUGUCCUGCGCGCCUACGCUGCCUACGACCCCGAGGUGGCAUACUGCCAGGGGAUGAACUUCCUAACAGGUCUUCUACUUAUGUACCUGCCCUCGGAAGCCCACGCGUUUGCUGCGCUUGUCGUACUUAUGGAGGACCGCAAGCUCCGCAGCUUCUACCACCGCAGCAUGUCACUCCUACAGGUCCAGCUGUGGCAGCUGAGCCGGCUGAUCAGCCCCUCCCUGAACCAGCACCUGGAGGCGCUGGGGGUGGUGCCCAUGCUGUACGGCGCCUCCUGGCUCAUGACGGCGUUCUCGGCGGACUUCCCCAUUCCCUUCUCAGCGAGGAUCAUGGACGUGCUGCUGGCGGACCAGUGCGAGUGCGCGCUGCUCAAGGUGGCGGCCGCCAUCAUGCGGGCGGUGGAGCACCGGCUGCACGCCAUGGUGGACCUGGAGGACGUGCUGGGGUACCUCAAGAUAGAGGUGCCGGCCUGGGAGGAGGACGACCUGUACGACGUGCUCACCGCCGCCUUCACCAAGCCCUGGACGGCGCGGCAGCUGUCCGUCCUGCGCUCUACGGAGGGCGCGGAGACGGUGGCGCAGGCCAUGGACCGAGUCAUGACAAUGAACGAGCAGCAGCUGGGGGGCGGACAUGCUGCCGACGACGAUGACGCGGCGGAGGAUGCCGAGGUUGCGGACGCCCGAGUGGCCGUCACCGUCCCCCGCCUGCUGCCCCCGCCGCAGCCCCCCAACAGCUUCGCCGCCAGCCCCGCCUGCGGCACACCUAUCAGCGGCGGCAGCGGGCCGCUGCUGGGGUCGCGGACCGGGGAGCCAGCCGUCAGCGGCGGCGGGGCUCUGGCGGUGGGUGGCGCGGGGAGCUCGCCGCCGCCUCAUGGUGUGCCUGUGAAGUGCGGCAGCCUGGGGGCUGGUGGCAGCACGGGCGGCGGCAUUGGCGUCGCUGGCGGCAGCAGCAGCAGCAGCGGAGGCGCUGCGGGGACGCUGCUGCUGCAUGGCACUGGGGCGGCGGCGGGGUCGCCGGCGGUGUGGGGCAUUCCCAGCAUUCAUCCUAAUGUGAUGGCCAGUCCUGCCAUCCAGGCGUUCAGGCGCGCCCACCUGCCGAGCCUCCAGGCGGCCGCUGUCGUGGGCGCCCUCUCCUCCACCCACAGCAACCACAGCAGCCACGGCCCCCAGGCGCGCCUCAGCCGCAGCAGCAUGCCGGCGGACCUGGGCUCACACCUGGGGACGCACCUGGAGGAGCCACAGCAGGAGGCAGCCGCCGAGGGAGCCACCGCGGCGGCGGUCACAACACCGGCACCACCACCUGGGGCGGCGGUAGCGACACCCGUGCCAGCCGUCCCGGCGCCGGCAGCGGCUGCAACGGCCACCCCGAUGCAGGCGCUGACGCCCCCACCGUUGCAGCUGCCGGAGGGGCCGGAGCUGGGUCCGUGUCCCGAGCAGCAGUCGGGCUUCGAGGGGUGUUCCACGGAGGAGGAGUGGGGGGAGUUCAGCGCUGCGGUGGCUCGACAGCACUGGCGGAGCUUGGCUCGGUCGGGUGCAGGCAGCCUGCCGGGCAGCAUGAGGGACCUAUCACGCAUUGAUGUGGGUGCUGCGGUGGGUGGUGAGGGUGAGUCGGGGCAGGAGGCGCUGCUGGCUUCCUAUGCGUCUGCGGGCCAGCAGCUGCCGCACCCGCUGCCGCCGCUAGGAGAGGCGCUGAUCCAACCGCCUCCAACGCCGCACGAGCCUUGCCGAGGCCUUACUCCCGGUUUCGGUGCAAGCCAGCCCAUUCCCGUGCCAGGAAUGGGCUCCAGCUCAAACGGCAGCAGGAGCGGAAGCAGCGGCGGCGGUGCCGCCAUCAGCGCCUUUGCUGCUGCUGCCUCCGGUUGCGGCCGGCCGCCGCUCCCGCCCCGCUGCUCCUCCCUGGACAAGUCCUGCCAGCAGGUGGGCUCCGGCUCGCGGCUGUCAGUCGUGGCGGAGGACCCCCCCUGUGUGCUCAUGGGCCCGGCGGCCCCCGCGCCGUCGCCCCGCGGCUCCAUGGACCUUCACAUGCUGGGUCGCAGCGGCAGCCACCAACUGCAGCUGCACCUGGACCAGUGCAGCGAGCACUUUGGAAACAUGCUGUACGGCAGCGCCUCAGCGGUGCUUGGCAGCGGUGGCGGCGGCGGGGUGAGUGGCGGCGGCGCCGGCAGCGUCGACUGCGCGUCGGGCACGGCGUCAGCGGCCACUGGCGGCGUGUUGUUGUCGCCGUCCGGCGUCAGCGGCGCUGUUUCGCCGCAUGUGUUGUCCCCGCGGUUGACGUCGGGCUGGAGCGCCUCCGCCGGCUGCGGCAGCGGUGGCGGCGCCGGCAGCGACACGCCGACCGCUGGCUACACGCCGCUCCUCGGCCUGGGUGUGGGCGCCAUGGACCGGGCGACCUCGGGGACCCUCCUGCUGGAGUCCGCACCUGGCCUGCUCGGCACCAGCAACGGCAGCUUCAGUAUCGCGGCGGCAGCGCCCCUGCCGCCUCCGCCGCCGCCUGCGCCGCUGCAUCUGCCGCCGCUGCAGACGGCGCGGCCCUCCACCGACAUGGCGACGGACAUUGCAGGGGACAUCCUGCGGAUGCUGACGGCCGUGGAUACGGGUACCGCGCAUGCGGCCUACGACACUCGUACGGUGCUGGGUGAGUCAAUGUACGCGGACUCGCCCAAGGAGAAGCUGGAGCUUGUGCAGCAUGCCUCGGACCCGCUGCGCAACCCGCCCUCGGCGUCAGUGGAUCUCCAAGUGGCGCAGGACUUGGCGAAGGCGCAGGAGGAGGCGGAACGUCUGCGAAUAGAACUGGACGCGAAGCUCCAUCUCCAACGGAUAGCCUCCCAGACCGCCCAGGCAACCGCGGCAACAGGCGCAGCUGCCGCAUCCAUGGCGGCAGCGGUCGCCGCUGCUGCUGACGCCGCGGCAGCUGCAGCCGUCGCCGUCGCCGGGAGCCUCGCUGCCGAGGUCGCCGCCUCGAGCUUGACGGAGAAGGAGCAGGAGAAGGAGGCCGAGGCGACGCACGUGACGGUGGUUGAGGUAACGGCAACCGCCGCUACGAUGGACGUGGCGCCGUUGACGGAGGCGGCGGAGGUGGCGCCGGCGGCCGUGACAACGCCUGAAGACCGACCAGUGCCCCCAACCUCUGCUGCUGCGAGCAGCACCGGGGCGAAUACGAGCACUGCUGCUGCUCAGGGUACGGUUCCUGCUGGCGGUCCGACAGCUGCUGCUUCUGCCAGCGGAGGAAGCAGCGAGGAGUUUGUCCUGAAGCGACCCAUGCUGUAUGUCGACGGCAUCCCCAUGUUCGACCCUAAGAGCCUCAUGGCGGAUGCGCAUGAGGCCCAGGUGAUGUUCACACCCACCGUGUCACCCGGGGCAUCGGCCUUUGCGGAUUCCCUGCCAACGGUGGCCACCCCCAACAACGAAGCCACUCCCAACAACGAAGCCACUCCAGCCACGGAGCCUGAACCGGCCGUGAACAGCACUCAGAGUGCUGGCGCAACGCUGUCUCCUGCCGGCGGCGAUGCCACCGAUGCGAUGGGGUCGUCCUGCGGAACUGAAGCGACUGCUGAAACGGUGACGUCAGCGGCGCCGCCGCAGCCUUACGAACCCGUCGCGGAAGAAGCAACCAUUGAAGCGGAGCCCUCGGCCUCCCAGUUGGUCGCGUCAAGCGCCAACAGCAGUGCCGGCGGCAGCAGCAGCGACGCGGGGGGCGCUGUGCGGCCUGCCCCUCUAUUGGUGCAUUCGCCUUCGUCAUCUGAAUGGGUGGACUGGUCUCAGGCGCCGCCCAUCCAGACGCCGCAAGCUGUGAUGGCUUCAACCACCACCACGACUCCCGACUCGGUUGCUGCGACCGCAGUGGCGGCGGCAGCAGCAACCGCUCUUGGAAGCGCAUCAGCCGGGGGGCCUGUAGACGCUGGGCAGCAUGCGGAGCUAGCAAGCUCCACAGCUGCUUGCACAUCGCCGUCAGAUCUCCAGGAGGCGACGGGCGAAGAUAGGCUGUCGGGCGAAGCGGCACGUGCGGCUCCCGUCCUGCUCCCAGCAGAUGUGAACUUGAUCGACAUGACCUCGCCCGCUGCGACCGUGCAACGUGGUGGGGCCGCGCAGAUGGGUGAGGUGUUUGGCACGUCCGCCGCCAUGUCGGGUCAGCCCAACAUGCCAUCAGGCGCGGACACGGCGUUCGCAACAUUGCACCAACAACCACUCGUUCGCGAUCAGCGGGUGGUUUCGGUAAGCUCGGUGGAGAGUGUUCACGAGCCCGACGCGAGCGCGAUCGGGCAGCAGAUGCCGUACGGCCUGCUGCCGGCCGCGAGCAUGGCUCUGCCCCCGCAGCAGCCCUCCUCCUCGUGCCUCUCCACCUACAACUCCAACGUUGCCGCCAUCGCUGCUGCCCCCGCCAGUGGAGCCUUCCCCAGCUACCUCUUCAGUCAGCUGCGGGGCGAGCCCUCGACCAGUUCCAGCAACGGAGGUGCCGCAGCUGGCGCCAGCGCUGCCCGCAGGGCCACAGACAGCGACGCGGUUCGCUGGGAUAGUUCCGGCGGUGCCGCUUGUGACACGGACGGCGAGACCACUCCACGUUGCGGCGGUGCUAUGGGGCACCCCUUGCAGUUCCCAGCAGCUGCGCGGCUGUACGGCGCAGCCCGCCGGCAGCCUAGCAAGCUGGGACCGGCUGUGUCGUUGCCCCAGCCGGCGCUUGCGGACACCGCCUCCGAAGCCCUGACGUCGGAGGACUUCACUGAGGGGAUCUGUGGCAUGGUGGAUUGCCGGGAGCCGUCUGUCACUGCGUUGGGCCGUGGGGCUUCCCAGGAGAUCGACACAGGAGCUGCUGCUGCGGAGGCAGCGGCAGCGGGGCCCAUGCAGGCCGACGGGGGCGGUGUUGCGGUGGUGAGUCAGGUGGAUUUGGUGCCUGUGCCGGCGGGCAUGACGGUUAGAGUCGAGGCAGUGGCUGCGUUGGGGUCGGAGGGCGGCGUGUCGGCGACGGAUGGCACGUCGACGCCGACUGCGCAGCUGGAGCGCCACGAGACGGCGGAGGGCCUGGAGGGCGAGGAGGCUGAGGGCUCACCGUUCCGAGCGGCGCUGAGUCCCUCCCUGGCGCACCACAUCAUGAACGCCUACCUCCGCAGCGCGCAGCACCAGCAGGAGCAGGAGCAGCGGGAGCUGGAGCAGCGCAUGCAGCAGCAACUGCAGCAGCUGCAACAGCAGCAGCAGCAGGUGGAGUUGCAUCCCGCCGCCCAAUGCGGAAUGACGACUGCGGACCCCGUAGUGGUGCUGGCAGAGGCAGCUGCGCCGUCUUCGCUACCUGCGGCAGCGGCAGCAGCAGCCUCAACAGCAGCAGCGCAUGCCGUAUUGCCGGCUGCUGCGAUUUCAACCUGCGCGGCGGCGAGCGGCUCACAUGCGGUACCUGCACAGCAGCCCUUCCUGGGUCCUCCGCUGGGGUCGCUGGAGCUGGGUGGUGCUGGCUCGGCCUCCACUAGGCAUGGAUCUGCGCUGCCCUCCCCGGGGUUGCUGUCCCCCGUGGUCGGGUCCCCGAGCCGAGUGUUGAUGGCUCCCGCAUCCGCGCUGGGGCUGGCAGCAGGUGCCUCAGGCACACCUGCGGUGGGUGCGGCCGCCUGCCAACACGCAAAGGCAGUGACGCCGUUUGCGGUGUCGCUGGACGAUCCAACCACCUGUCGCCUGUCCGUGGAGGUGAUGAUGGCGCUGCCCACCACGAUUCCGCCUCUGGUGCUGUCGCCGGACGCCACCACGUCAGCCAUGCUGCUGCACUCCGCAACGGACGGUCGCGCGCCGGCGUCGAACCGGGGAUCGCUGCGUUGCACCGGCAGCGGUGAGGGAGAAGGCGAGGCUGCGGUAGCCGCUGGUUGCACGGGUAGCCUGGGUAGUCUGGGUCGGCUUUCGGUGGGCAUGCAUGGCAGCAGCCUGUGCAGCAGCACUGGGGGCGCAGCACCGCAGCUGACGUCUAGCAUGGGCUCCCAUGACGUGAUGCAUGCAGCAGCAGGGCUUGUGGGAAGCGCCGUGCCCGGUGCGCCCCGGACAGCGGCGCUUGGCAGCAGCGGUGGCGCCAUUCCGCCGCUGCUGCCGCCGCCGCCGCCACCGCAGCUGCCGCUGUGCCAGACUGCGCGACAGGAGCUGCCAGCUCCCCGCGCACCCUCGGUCGUCCUGCCCUCCACGGCAGCUCCUGUCCUCCCAGCUGCUCCCGUGCUGGGCGCCGGCGCUGCAACACCGGUCCUCAGCGCCCUGAACACUACCUCUGUCGUCGCGCCAACUGCUGCUGCACCGCCGCCGCCAGGGCCACCGCCGCCGGCGACCCCCUCUUGGACCGCCACGUUUGAUGGCGUUGAUGAUGCACCCGUGGCCGUGGCGGCCGUGGCGGGGUCCCCGCAGUCCCCAACGCCUGCAGCGGUGGCUGCGGGAGCUCCAAGGGAGAGUGAGGUUGGUCCGAACUCGCCGGUGUUGGCGCCCAAGGCAACUGCGGAAGCACUGGAGCUGGGCAGGUCGCCUCAAUAAUGGAACAGGCUGGCAGUAGCAGCGCUGUGGGCUUGUAGGUGUAGGAAAGGGUCAAAGGGUGUCAUAGGCUCACAGGCGGGCAGCUCAAGGCAAUAAUGCUUUCACGGCUUUGAGAGGGUUCGUGAAUGACGAAGGUGCGCAGCUGCCAACAGGCGAGGCGGCUCGAGGCGUGCGCUGGCGUGGUGCUCGCUGUGCACCCCGACUUGUGCUUGCGGUGAUGGAAGGGGCAUUUGGCGUGCUGCGGGCUUGUAUCCGGGCUUUUUGUAACUUUUGGAUUUGUACAUUCACAAGUGUCUUUUGUGCAUUCGCAUGUGUGGGGGACGUGACGGGAGAAGCGUGAUGUAUUAUCAAGGGAAUGAGGCUGAGCGUGCGCGCUUGCUUCAGACGUGGUGGUAAAGUGGAAAGCUGGCGCGUGAACGUGUGAGAGUUACGUGGCGCAGUUCUACUCAAGGUAGGGUGUUCCCGGCAACGGUUGCAAUGGGUCAGAUAUUCUCCUGUGGCCGUGAUCUGGGCUUUGGGGCUCUUCUUGGGCGCCUCGUGGUUGCAUUUGCAUGUGUGCUGUGUACGUUAUAAGUGCGAACUUUCAAGGCCUGCAACUCUUGCGCAGCAUCAUUCCAUGGCGCAGAGCCCGUACGUUUUCUUUGUGGCUUCAGCCUGGGUCGGUGCACUCUUUGGAUGGUGGUUGUUUCCCCGUGACGGUGAUAUAUAGUAUGUGUGUACGCGGGUGGGCGCCUGGGGAGCGGUAAGGGAUCAAGGAAACAGGGCCGCCGCUGUGCAAAACCAUGUACUUUCUUUUACACCAGUCAGUUCCUACAUGCGCCUACACAACCCGUGCCGAACCUAAGGCCCUGUGUGGGUAGACAGACAGCGCACGGGAGGGCCCUGUGAGGAGUCUGUUGGCUGUGUGUGUGCAAAACCCGGUAUCGGGGCCGAGCGCUUGCUUUUUGAACGACUUAGGAUUGUUGGAUGUCUGUUAUGCUCGUUUUUUUGCAACAAACAAACAAACAACCUCACUGAUUGACUUUUUGUGUCUGUGGCACGGUGUUUUGGUGCCCUGUGGGCAACGUGUGUGCAUUGCUGUCAUGUGCGCGCGGGAAAUCCUGCGCUGUUAGGCGGUUAAGCUAGGUCAAGUAUGAUGUUCGCAUGUUGACAAUAUAGAAACGUAUACAGGGGCAGAGGCGAGGGGGCGGCAUUUGCGGGCCUUGGGCGGGUCCCUGUGAUUGCGUUCCACGAGUGCGGGUCCUCAUCUUGUGGGUCCUGCCGGGGCCACGCAGAGGCAUGGAACUACGCACUCAGGCAAGAGGGGGCCCAACACUGCGGGCGGUUUGUGACAGCUUGCGAGGUUUAUAGGAGUCGGGGUUAUGGCCAGCUGCUAUCUACAGUGGUGUAUGAGCAAGGUUGGGGCCGGAGUGUGGGGUAGUUUAUCCAUUUGUCGUGCAAUCGGUGCUCAUGUGUUUUGACAGCUUGGCGCGCGUGCAGCGUGCCUCGGAGUUAACAGCAGAUUGGGGCGUUGCGUGGGGCUGUGCAUUGGAAGCAUUCGGACAGGGGAAGCGCUUGCGGUGGGGUGCUUGCUUAGCCCAUCGGCCUCCUCGUGUCUUACAUCGUACAUGGUAUGCUGGAACACAUUUAGGGAUUGAGGGGUUUCCUCACUGGGCGAUGAGGGGCUGGGGCUUUUGCCAACAUGUUGGACUGUUUGCGGUGGAGGAGGGUGUGGCAUUGCGCCUCGCCGCCUUUUUAAAGGGGGUUGCAGGUUGCUGGUCCACUCGGGGUGUGUGUGGGUACUACACGGCUCAGCGGGCACAGCAGCACCGAUUCCUGGAUAGCGCCUCUCCCCAGACAGGAGGUGGGUGUUACGUCCCAGACGGCCAAGAGGGCUAGCUGACUUCACAUUUGAGUGCGACAGAACUGUAAG